UUUUCCUUUUCUUCCUCCUGUCGCUUUACAAACCCUGAUUUAGAAACCUUCAUCCUCUCAAAACAAUGGCGCAGAAUCGCCAGCCUGAGUUGAAACCUAAUCAUUCAUCUUCUUCCGAGGAGGAAGAGGAGGAGGAAGAAGCCUCUGGUUCAGAAGAUGAACAGACGUCUUGUUCAGAAUCAGAAGAAGUGUCCGAUUCAGAUUCACAAGAGAAACAAAAACAGGAGCCCAAGAAACCCGUAAUUGCAGCUCCUCAAUCCGCUAAGAAACCCCAAGCUCCAGAUCUAUCUUCAUCGGGCACGGAGGGGUCGGAUUCUGAUACCGAUUCCGAUUCACCACCCAAGAAGCCGGUUGUGGCUGACCCUACCAUCAAACCUAUCUCUUCCAAACCUAUGGAACGAGAAGAAGGGACGAAUCCAGAAUCCAAAUCAGCCAAAAAGUCCGGAUCCAGAACUAGCUCAACGCCAUCUCCGGCGAAGACCGGCAAGCGACCCCCGCCUGCUACGGCGCCGGCUAUAGAAAAAGAUUCCAAGAAAGCUAAGAAGAGUACGGCAGCGGAUGAAGACUCAAAGAAACAGCUGUUUCAGAGGUUGUGGAGCGAGGAUGAUGAGAUUGUUAUCCUGAAAGGUAUGAUUGAUUAUAAAACUGAGAAAAAUGGUGAGAAUCCUGUUGCUGAUAUGGGUGCAUUUCAUGAAUUUAUCAAGAAGUCCUUGCAUGUUGAUGUUAGUAGAGCACAAUUGGUUGACAAAGUUAGGAGGUUGAAGAAAAAGUAUGUGAAUAAUGCUAGUAGAGAGAAGAAUGGUAAAGAUAGAAGUUUUUCCAAAAGUCAUGAACAGAAGGGUUAUGAAUUAUCGAAAUUGAUAUGGGGUAGUAAUAGUCACACCAGUGGAACAGAGAGCAAAAAGACUCAGAAUCACAAUCCUGCUAAGGGUAAUGCUGCUAGUACUAGUUCUGGUGUUGCUUUGCUGAAAGCAAAUGGGGUGGAAAUGGAGAAGGAAGUUUCAACAAUGGAGGUUGAGAAGAACAUGGAUGUUUCUCGGUUUGUUCAGUAUGGUAGAAACAACGAUUGUCCUAUUUUGCAGGAGGAGAUUGUGAAGGCUGGAUUGGAGUUGGUUGAGGCUUCUAAAAGAGAAGAAUUGGAGGAGAAGUGGAAGAAGCUGAAGAAGCAGGAACUUCAGCUUUACGUGAUGCGAAUGGAGUUGCUUAAGGAGCAAUCAGCAUUAGUUUACGAGGCUAUCAAUUCAUCAGGAAAUUGAGGUAAUCUGUGGUUCUUUGUUGAAUGAAUGAUGAUGAUGCCUCAUGCUGGGCAAAAGUAGUCUGUUUGUGUUUUUCUUUUUGUGCUUUCUUUUAGGAAAAUAUGAAUCAAAUAUGGUUUCUAAAUAAGAACUUGUAGUGUUGUCUUAGAAACAUAUGGUUGUUAAUCUUUUUUCUUUAAGUUAUGAACUUGAUAUUAGUCAUUUGAAAUUAAAAAAUAACAUGUUUCAUGUUUUUGUUGA